GCCGGCGUGCGGCGCGGCGCGGCGCGGCGGGAGCGGAGCGAGCGGGCGGGCGAGCGAGCGAGCGCCUCCGUCCCCGGAUGUGAGCUCCGGCUGCCCGCGGUCCCGAGCCAGCGGCGGCGCGGGCGGCGGCGGCGGGCACCGGGCACCGCGGCGGGCGGGCGGACUGGCGGGCAUGGGGGGCGCGCCGAGCGGCCCCGGCGGCCGGGCCGGCAUCACCGCGGCGUCUCUCCGCUAGAGGAGGGGACAAGCCAGUUCUCCUUUGCAGCAAAAAAUUACAUGUAUAUAUUAUUAAGAUAAUAUAUACAUUGGAUUUUAUUUUUUUAAAAAGUUUAUUUUGCUCCAUUUUUGGAAAAGAGAGCUUGGGCGGCGAGCGGUUUUUUUUUAAUCAAUUAUCCUUAUUUUCUGUUAUUUGUCCCCGUCCCUCCCCACCCCCUGCUGAAGCGAGAAUAAGGGCAGGGACCGCGGCUCCUACCUAUUGGUGAUCCCCUUCCCCAUUCCGCCCCCGCCCCAACGCCCAGCACAGUGCCCUGCACACAGUAGUCGCUCAAUAAAUGUUCGUGGAUGAUGAUGAUGAUGAUGAUGAAAAAAAUGCAGCAUCAACGGCAGCAGCAAGCGGACCACGCGAACGAGGCAAACUAUGCAAGAGGCACCAGACUCCCUCUUUCUGGUGAAGGACCAACUUCUCAGCCGAAUAGCUCCAAGCAAACUGUCCUGUCCUGGCAAGCUGCAAUCGAUGCUGCUAGACAGGCCAAGGCUGCCCAAACUAUGAGCACCUCUGCACCCCCACCUGUAGGAUCUCUCUCCCAAAGAAAACGUCAGCAAUACGCCAAGAGCAAAAAACAGGGUAACUCGUCCAACAGCCGACCUGCCCGCGCCCUUUUCUGUUUAUCACUCAAUAACCCCAUCCGAAGAGCCUGCAUUAGUAUAGUGGAAUGGAAACCAUUUGACGUAUUUAUAUUAUUGGCUAUUUUUGCCAAUUGUGUGGCCUUAGCUAUUUACAUCCCAUUCCCUGAAGAUGAUUCUAAUUCAACAAAUCAUAACUUGGAAAAAGUAGAAUAUGCCUUCCUGAUUAUUUUUACAGUCGAGACAUUUUUGAAGAUUAUAGCGUAUGGAUUAUUGCUACAUCCUAAUGCUUAUGUUAGGAAUGGAUGGAAUUUACUGGAUUUUGUUAUAGUAAUAGUAGGAUUGUUUAGUGUAAUUUUGGAACAAUUAACCAAAGAAACAGAAGGCGGGAACCACUCUAGCGGCAAAUCUGGAGGCUUUGAUGUCAAAGCCCUCCGUGCCUUUCGAGUGUUGCGACCACUUCGACUAGUGUCAGGAGUGCCCAGUUUACAAGUUGUCUUGAACUCCAUUAUAAAAGCCAUGGUUCCCCUCCUUCACAUAGCCCUUUUGGUAUUAUUUGUAAUCAUAAUCUAUGCUAUUAUAGGACUGGAACUUUUUAUUGGAAAAAUGCACAAAACGUGUUUUUUUGCUGACUCAGAUAUCGUAGCUGAAGAGGACCCAGCUCCAUGUGCGUUCUCAGGGAAUGGACGCCAGUGUACUGCCAAUGGCACGGAAUGUAGGAGUGGCUGGGUUGGCCCAAACGGAGGCAUCACCAACUUUGAUAACUUUGCCUUUGCCAUGCUCACUGUGUUUCAGUGCAUCACCAUGGAGGGCUGGACAGACGUGCUCUACUGGGUAAAUGAUGCGAUAGGAUGGGAAUGGCCAUGGGUGUAUUUUGUUAGUCUGAUCAUCCUUGGCUCAUUUUUCGUCCUUAACCUGGUUCUUGGUGUCCUUAGUGGAGAAUUCUCAAAGGAAAGAGAGAAGGCAAAAGCGCGGGGAGAUUUCCAGAAGCUCCGGGAGAAGCAGCAGCUGGAGGAGGAUCUAAAGGGCUACUUGGAUUGGAUCACCCAAGCUGAGGACAUCGAUCCCGAGAACGAGGAAGAAGGAGGAGAGGAAGGCAAACGAAAUACUAGCAUGCCCGCCAGCGAGACUGAGUCUGUGAACACAGAGAACGUCAGCGGCGAAGGCGAGAACCGAGGCUGCUGUGGAAGUCUCUGGUGCUGGUGGAGACGGAGAGGCGCGGCCAAGGCGGGGCCCUCUGGGUGUCGGCGGUGGGGUCAAGCCAUCUCAAAAUCCAAACUCAGCCGCCGCUGGCGUCGCUGGAACCGAUUCAAUCGCAGAAGAUGUAGGGCCGCUGUGAAGUCUGUCACGUUUUACUGGCUGGUUAUCGUCCUGGUGUUUCUGAACACCUUAACCAUUUCCUCUGAGCACUACAAUCAGCCAGAUUGGUUGACACAGAUUCAAGAUAUUGCCAACAAAGUCCUCUUGGCUCUGUUCACCUGCGAGAUGCUGGUAAAAAUGUACAGCUUGGGCCUCCAAGCAUAUUUCGUCUCUCUUUUCAACCGGUUUGAUUGCUUCGUGGUGUGUGGUGGAAUCACCGAGACGAUCUUGGUGGAACUGGAAAUCAUGUCUCCCCUGGGGAUCUCUGUGUUUCGGUGUGUGCGCCUCUUAAGAAUCUUCAAAGUGACCAGGCACUGGACUUCCCUGAGCAACUUAGUGGCAUCCUUGUUAAACUCCAUGAAGUCCAUCGCUUCGCUGUUGCUUCUGCUUUUUCUCUUCAUUAUCAUCUUUUCCUUGCUUGGGAUGCAGCUGUUUGGCGGCAAGUUUAAUUUUGAUGAAACGCAAACCAAGCGGAGCACCUUUGACAAUUUUCCUCAAGCACUUCUCACAGUGUUCCAGAUCCUGACAGGCGAAGACUGGAACGCUGUGAUGUAUGAUGGCAUCAUGGCUUACGGUGGCCCGUCCUCUUCAGGAAUGAUCGUCUGCAUCUACUUCAUCAUCCUCUUCAUUUGUGGUAACUAUAUUCUACUGAAUGUCUUCUUGGCCAUCGCUGUAGACAAUUUGGCUGAUGCUGAAAGUUUGAACACUGCUCAGAAAGAAGAAGCGGAAGAAAAGGAGAGGAAAAAGAUUGCCAGAAAAGAGAGCCUAGAAAAUAAAAAGAACAACAAACCAGAAGUCAACCAGAUAGCCAACAGUGACAACAAGGUUACAAUUGAUGACUAUAGAGAAGAGGAUGAAGACAAGGACCCCUACCCGCCUUGCGAUGUGCCAGUAGGGGAAGAGGAAGAGGAAGAGGAGGAGGAUGAACCUGAGGUUCCUGCCGGACCCCGUCCUCGAAGGAUUUCGGAGUUGAACAUGAAGGAAAAAAUUGCCCCCAUCCCUGAAGGGAGCGCUUUCUUCAUUCUUAGCAAGACCAACCCGAUCCGCGUAGGCUGCCACAAGCUCAUCAACCACCACAUCUUCACCAACCUCAUCCUCGUCUUCAUCAUGCUGAGCAGCGCUGCCCUGGCCGCAGAGGACCCCAUCCGCAGCCACUCCUUCCGGAACACGAUACUGGGUUACUUUGACUAUGCCUUCACAGCCAUCUUUACUGUUGAGAUCCUGUUGAAGAUGACAACUUUUGGAGCUUUCCUCCACAAAGGGGCCUUCUGCAGGAACUACUUCAACUUGCUGGAUAUGCUGGUGGUUGGGGUGUCUCUGGUGUCAUUUGGGAUUCAAUCCAGUGCCAUCUCCGUUGUGAAGAUUCUGAGGGUCUUAAGGGUCCUGCGGCCCCUCAGGGCCAUCAACAGAGCAAAAGGACUUAAGCACGUGGUCCAGUGCGUCUUCGUGGCCAUCCGGACCAUCGGCAACAUCAUGAUCGUCACCACCCUCCUCCAGUUCAUGUUUGCCUGUAUCGGGGUCCAGUUGUUCAAGGGGAAGUUCUAUCGCUGUACGGAUGAAGCCAAAAGUAACCCUGAAGAAUGCAGGGGACUUUUCAUCCUCUACAAGGAUGGGGAUGUUGACAGUCCUGUGGUCCGUGAGCGGAUCUGGCAAAACAGUGAUUUCAACUUCGACAAUGUCCUCUCUGCUAUGAUGGCACUCUUCACCGUCUCCACGUUUGAGGGCUGGCCUGCGUUGCUGUAUAAAGCCAUCGACUCGAAUGGAGAGAACAUCGGCCCAAUCUACAACCACCGCGUGGAGAUCUCCAUCUUCUUCAUCAUCUACAUCAUCAUUGUAGCUUUCUUCAUGAUGAACAUCUUUGUGGGCUUUGUCAUCGUUACAUUUCAGGAGCAAGGAGAAAAAGAGUAUAAGAACUGUGAGCUGGACAAAAAUCAGCGUCAGUGUGUUGAAUACGCCUUGAAAGCACGUCCCUUGCGGAGAUACAUCCCCAAAAACCCCUACCAGUACAAGUUCUGGUACGUGGUGAACUCUUCGCCUUUCGAAUACAUGAUGUUUGUCCUCAUCAUGCUCAACACACUCUGCUUGGCCAUGCAGCACUACGAGCAGUCCAAGAUGUUCAAUGAUGCCAUGGACAUUCUGAACAUGGUCUUCACCGGGGUGUUCACCGUCGAGAUGGUUUUGAAAGUCAUCGCAUUUAAGCCUAAGGGGUAUUUUAGUGACGCCUGGAACACGUUUGACUCCCUCAUCGUAAUCGGCAGCAUUAUAGACGUGGCCCUCAGCGAAGCAGACCACUAUUUCACUGAUGCAUGGAACACUUUUGAUGCCUUAAUUGUUGUUGGUAGCGUCGUUGAUAUUGCUAUAACUGAAGUGAAUCCAACUGAAAGUGAAAAUGUCCCUGUCCCAACUGCUACACCUGGGAACUCUGAAGAGAGCAAUAGAAUCUCCAUCACCUUUUUCCGUCUUUUCCGAGUGAUGCGAUUGGUGAAGCUUCUCAGCAGGGGGGAAGGCAUCCGGACAUUGCUGUGGACUUUUAUUAAGUCCUUUCAGGCACUCCCGUAUGUGGCCCUCCUCAUAGCCAUGCUGUUCUUCAUCUAUGCGGUCAUUGGCAUGCAGAUGUUUGGGAAAGUUGCCAUGAGAGAUAACAACCAGAUCAAUAGGAACAAUAACUUCCAGACGUUUCCCCAGGCGGUGCUGCUGCUCUUCAGGUGUGCGACAGGUGAGGCCUGGCAGGAGAUCAUGCUGGCCUGUCUCCCAGGGAAGCUCUGUGACCCUGAGUCAGAUUACAACCCCGGAGAGGAGUAUACGUGUGGCAGCAACUUUGCCAUUGUCUAUUUCAUCAGUUUUUACAUGCUCUGUGCAUUUCUGAUCAUCAAUCUGUUUGUGGCUGUCAUCAUGGAUAAUUUUGACUAUCUGACCCGGGACUGGUCUAUUUUGGGGCCUCACCAUUUAGAUGAAUUCAAAAGAAUAUGGUCAGAAUAUGACCCUGAGGCAAAGGGAAGGAUAAAACACCUUGAUGUGGUCACUCUGCUUCGACGCAUCCAGCCUCCCCUAGGAUUUGGGAAGUUAUGUCCACACAGAGUAGCAUGCAAGAGGUUAGUUGCCAUGAACAUGCCUCUCAACAGUGACGGGACAGUCAUGUUUAAUGCAACCCUGUUUGCUUUGGUUCGAACCGCUCUUAAGAUCAAGACCGAAGGGAACCUGGAGCAAGCUAAUGAAGAACUUCGGGCUGUGAUAAAGAAAAUUUGGAAGAAAACCAGCAUGAAAUUACUUGACCAAGUUGUCCCUCCAGCAGGUGAUGAUGAGGUAACCGUGGGGAAGUUCUAUGCCACUUUCCUGAUACAGGACUACUUUAGGAAAUUCAAGAAACGGAAAGAACAAGGACUGGUGGGAAAGUACCCUGCGAAGAACACCACAAUUGCCCUACAGGCGGGAUUAAGGACACUGCAUGACAUUGGGCCAGAAAUCCGGCGUGCUAUAUCGUGUGAUUUGCAAGAUGACGAGCCUGAGGAAACAAAACGAGAAGAAGAAGAUGAUGUGUUCAAAAGAAAUGGUGCCCUGCUUGGAAACCAUGUCAAUCAUGUUAAUAGUGAUAGGAGAGAUUCCCUUCAGCAGACCAAUACCACCCACCGUCCCCUGCAUGUCCAAAGGCCUUCAAUUCCACCUGCAAGUGAUACUGAGAAACCGCUGUUUCCUCCAGCAGGAAAUUCGGUGUGUCAUAACCAUCAUAACCAUAAUUCCAUAGGAAAGCAAGUUCCCACCUCAACAAAUGCCAAUCUCAAUAAUGCCAAUAUGUCCAAAGCUGCCCAUGGAAAGCGGCCCAGCAUUGGGAACCUUGAGCAUGUGUCUGAAAAUGGGCAUCAUUCUUCCCACAAGCCUGACCGGGAGCCUCAGAGAAGGUCCAGUGCGAAAAGAACCCGCUAUUAUGAAACUUACAUUAGGUCCGACUCAGGAGAUGAACAGCUCCCAACUAUUUGCCGGGAAGACCCAGAGAUACAUGGCUAUUUCAGGGACCCCCGCUGCUUGGGGGAGCAGGAGUAUUUCAGUAGCGAGGAAUGCUACGAGGAUGACAGCUCGCCCACCUGGAGCAGGCAAAACUGUGGCUACUACAGCAGAUACCCAGGCAGAAACGUCGACUUUGAGAGGCCCCAAGGCUACCAUCACCCCCAAGGAUUCUUGGAGGACGAUGACUCGCCCGUUUGCUAUGAUUCACGGAGAUCUCCAAGGAGACGCCUACUACCUCCCACCCCAGCAUCCCACCGGAGAUCCUCCUUCAACUUUGAGUGCCUGCGCCGGCAGAGCAGCCAGGAAGAGGUCCCGUUGUCUCCCACCUUCCCCCACCGCACGGCCCUGCCUCUGCAUCUGAUGCAGCAACAGAUCAUGGCAGUUGCUGGCCUAGAUUCAAGUAAAGCCCAGAAGUACUCACCAAGUCACUCGACCCGGUCGUGGGCCACCCCUCCAGCAACCCCUCCCUACCGGGACUGGACACCGUGCUACACCCCACUGAUCCAAGUGGAGCAGUCAGAGGCCCUGGACCAGGUGAACGGCAGCCUGCCAUCCCUGCACCGCAGCUCCUGGUACACAGACGAACCUGACAUCUCCUACCGGACUUUCACACCAGCCAGCCUGACCGUCCCCAGCAGCUUCCGGAACAAAAACAGCGACAAGCAGAGGAGUGCAGACAGCUUGGUGGAGGCAGUGCUGAUAUCCGAAGGCUUGGGACGCUAUGCGAGGGAUCCAAAAUUUGUGUCAGCAACAAAACACGAAAUUGCUGAUGCCUGUGAUCUCACCAUCGACGAGAUGGAGAGUGCAGCCAGCACCCUGCUUAAUGGGAACGUGCGUCCCCGAGCCAACGGGGAUGUGGGCCCCCUCUCACACCGGCAGGACUAUGAGCUACAGGACUUUGGUCCUGGCUACAGCGAUGAAGAGCCAGACCCUGGGAAGGAUGAGGAGGACCUGGCGGAUGAAAUGAUAUGCAUCACCACCUUGUAGCCCCCAGCAAGGGGCAGACUGGCUCUGGCCUCAGGUGGGGCGCAGGAGAGCCAGGGGAAAAGUGCCUCAUAGUUAGGAAAGUUUAGGCACUAGUUGGGAGUAAUAUUCAAUUAGACUUUUGUAUAAGAGAUGUCAUGCCUCAAGAAAGCCAUAAACCUGGUAGGAACAGGCCCCAAGUGGUUAAGCCUGACAGAGCACCAUGCGCUCGGCCCCAGCUGCAGGAAACAGCAGGCCCCGCCCUCUCACAGAGGAUGGGUGAGGAGGCCAGACCCACCCUGCCCCAUUGUCCAGAUGGGCACUGCUGUGGAGUCUGCUUCUCCCACGUACCAGGGCACCAGGCCCACCCACCUGAAGGCAUGGCGGUGAGGUGCAGGGGAAAGUUAAAGGUGAUGACGAUCAUCACACCUGUGUCAUUACCUCAGCCAUUGGUCUAGCAUAUCAGUCACUGGGCCCAACAUAUCCAUUUUUAAACCCUUUCCCCCAAAUACACUGCGUCCUGGUUCCUGUUUAGCUGUUCUGAAAUACAGUGUGUAAGUCAGAACCCAGCUACCAGCGAUCAUUGUGAGGGCAAUGGGACCUUAUAAAUAAGGUUUUCUGUGAUGUGACGCCAGUUUACAUAAGACAGUAUCACUCCGAUGGUCGGUUUCUGACUGUCACGCUAAGGGCAACUGUAAACUGGAAUAAUAAUGCACUCGCAACCAGGUAAACUUAGAUACACUAGUUUGUUUAAAAUUAUAGAUUUACUGUACAUGACUUGUAAUAUACUAUAAUUUGUAUUUGUAAAGAGAUGGUCUAUAUUUUGUAAUUACUGUACCGUAUUUGAACUGCAGCAAUAUCCAUGGGUCCUAAUAAUUGUAGUUCCCCACUGAAAUCUAGAAAUUAUUAGUAUUUUUACUUGGGCUAUCCAGAAGUAGAAGAAAUAGAGCCAAUUCUCAUUUAUUCAGCGAAAAUCCUCUGGGGGUAAAAUUUUAAGUUUGAAAGAACUUGACACUACAGAAAUUUUUCUAAAAUAUUUUGAGUCACUAUAAACCUAUCUUUCCACAAGA